GCAAACCGCACACACACCCUGACGCCAUCUUCAUUCAUACAAACAGCUGACCGCCCCCAUCGGCAUCCGCGCUGCGCUGCGCUGCGAGCGCGCAAGUCAAAUCCUGUCUGUGCUCGUAUUCCGCGAUCCAGCGAUUGGCGGUGUGCACCACGCGUGGUCUCGUGCUCGUCGUGCCAGUGGCCUGCACAAGGACAUCGUUCAGCGUCUCGCAGAGUGUGCAAGCGGCGCGAGGUCCAAAGCAACAGAAGCAGCGCAGGAAAGGGCGAGACUGAGAGCGCUGGAUGCAAAAAGGGAAGACCAGAAACAACAACAACAGCAAAAAUACCAAGGAAUCGCCAUCCCGGCAAGCAACCCGCAAACAUGCCACCACCCUACCCCUCCUCCACUUCGCACUCUCCCUCGCCCUCCUCGUCUUCGCCGGCGCUCAAGCUGAGCCCGAACCCGAAUCCCGGCCCGCGAACGAGCUCCAUCGCCAUCUCAAGCUCUGCCUCGUCUUCCAGCGCGCACCCUGGCGGCGCGUCGUCGACCACCUCAGCGCGCUUGUUCCUCCCUGCGUCUUUGACGUCCAUCCAUGCGCAUGCAGCCAUGAUGCCGCCAGUCCGGUGCGGUCAUGAACAGGUGGAAGGCGGAUCCGAUCAUGCUGAGGAUGACGACAACGACGACGAGGAAGCAGAUGAUUUUUGCUCGGCGCAUUCUCACACACAGCAAGCACCAGCACUCUCACGGCAAGCGCAGGAGCCAAAACACAGUGUGCUGCUCCUGCCUCCGAGGACAUCCACGUCCGCGUCUUCAGCAUUUGCGUCGCAGCCCAGCGCCUCCUCCGGCUUCCCAUCUACCGUCAAGGAGCCGAGCGUCACCGGCAACACGAUCAACAGAAGCCCCAUGUCCCUCGCCGCCUCCGAGCCUCGUCGAUGGAAGAGCCGCGCGUCCGGAAGCGGCCCGUUAUUGAGCUCGAGCUCGAGCGCGAGCAGCGGCGCAGGCGAACAGCAGGGCUACUACUACUUUCAGCGCAAACGCAUUCCUAGGCACAUCAAUCUCUUCCAUCCGCCGCAAGGCAUUGUAACGCGCACGGCGAUGCAGUAUGCGGAACUCCAUCCUUCGUCAGCAUCAUUGACAGCACCAGCACGAGGGAGAGAGCGAGGGCGAGGGCAAGCCUUCAACAAGGCGACCCGCAGAGCGCAAAGGGGCCAAGCGCCGUCGUUCACGUUCAUCUGCCUCGGCGUCGGGGGGGGGCCACUUGAGAGCGACUGUUCGUGCUACCUGCUCAAGCCCGGCGAUGCGCCGUGGAUCCCGGGCGCCACCGGCAUCGGCAGCGCUACGCGGCGCAAAUCAUCGACCUCGUCCGCCAGCGUGAAGGGCAAGGUGGCCACGAUGGGCAUUCCAGAGGCUGCAGAGGAGGGGCAGGAUGAUGCUCAGCGAGAAGAAGUAGAACAAGAGGAAGAGGAGAGUCCGGAAUUUAAAGGCUCGUGCGUGGUCAUAGAGGGCGGGUCCUUCCUCGGCGCUUUGGCGCGCAUCUGCUCGCAGCCGCAGCCGGAGGACCUGCCUAAUCGCGGAGGCCGUGCGGCAGAGGAUGACGGGGAACUGUGGGGGCAGGAGGAAGACGAGGAAAAUGUGGACGGGGAGGACACGCUUACCCCCGAUGCAGCCACGCUACAUCUCGAUCCGAGCGCGGCAAGUCCAGGUGCUGCUGAUGAUGCAGAAGGCUCCGAGUCAGACUCGAACGACGCGCUCUGCGCGCCGUACGCCCCGCCAGGGCCGGCGUUCCACCCUUCGAGCAUCCUUUUUCCGUUCUCAGACCCGGCACUACGUGCCGGCUUCCUCGCGUCGUGCAUCACCGGCUUCGUCAUCACACAUGCGCACCUCGACCACAUCGCCGGCAUGGUCCUCGGGUGUGCGUCGCUCCCCGGCACAAAGAUGGUCUGGGGCACACGCGGAACGCUCGGCAACAUCAAGGGUAUGUUCGACGGAUUCAUCUGGCCCAAACUCGCCCGUUGGGAGCCCCGCGAGGAUGCCGCUCCUGACACUCCCGGCGGCAAGAAUGGCAGCGCCGCGGGCGAUAUGGAGGACGGGACAGAGGAGGAGGAAGAGGAGGAUGACUCCGUCGGCGUGUACAGGCUGAAAGUGCUGCAGCCGCUCAAGCCGACUUGGAUUCUGUCGCGCGUCCUCUCCAUUCAGCCAUUCGCCCUCUCACACGGCCUGAACCAGAACGUUUCCCCGCCUGCUCCACCUGCCGCCCCAGCAGGUGCAGCUGGCGGCGCCACCAGCACUGGUGGCGCUGGUGGUGUUGGUGGCGGUAUAGCAUUGCACCAUCCCUCGAUGGAUAUUGGUAUGGCUGCGUUUGGCGCGUUCGGCUUCAGCGACGUCCUAGGCGGCGGGGGCGUUGCUGCGCCACUGGCGUUCGGCACAGGUGGCCACGCCGGCAGGGCAACGAAGCGCUACAGCCUGCCACUGUCCAAUGCCGUGCUGCACUAUCCCCUUGCCUCCGCCUCGACGUCGGCAUCGGGGGCCAGCACAGCGUUGCAAGCAAGACCGACUUCGCCGGGUGAGAAGCUCUUCUUCACCAGCCCGUUCGCGCCGGCUGAGGAAGGCACGUGGCUCAAGCGCGCGUCAGGGACAAGUGGGAGCUCUGCUCGCCAAGGGCGCAGCAGCGGCAGCAGUGGUGACGGUAGUGGUAGUGGAGGGAGCGGAAGUGCGCAGGGCAAAGCGGUGGGGACCUCAGCUGGGAAUGGCGCUGGUGCAGACUUUGUUCUGCAGCAGGCAGAUGGAGGCAAGAGGAAGACGAGCCUAAUCUCGCCUGGCGCUGCUGUGGCUGACGACGAAGGCAAGCAGCUUGGCGCCGCCGAAAGCGCACAAGCCGCGGCAGCAGCAUCAACAUCAACAUCGACAUAUAUUCCGCCCGUCCAAGCGCAGCAAGAGCAACCGCAGCAGCUGCACACGUCGGCUCUCUCGGAAAAGAUGAGUCAGCGCCUGGGUGUCAGUCUUGGUGCGCAGCCACUGCGCAAGGUGUCGCGACGGCCACGCACCGCGGCUGGGUCCGAAGUCGCAGCUGCGCGGCGGCGGCAGCAGACGUUCGAGCAUUCUUCGCUGCAUGUCGGCCCGACCCAUCCGAGCGCGACCUCCGGAGGCAAUGCUGGUUCGGAAGCAGGACCGGCAUUGAGAGGUGGCGGCGAUGCUCCUGGUGGUUCGGGCUCGCCUGCUCUCAGCAGUUCAUCCUGCAAGCCAAGCGGCUUGUCCGACUCGGGAGCCUCCAGCCCAAAGUUCAACGUAGGGUCUACAGCCGGCACAGCAAGCACGGGGACAGGGCCUACGACGGCUAUGCAGCCGCAGUUACAGGCACAAGCGCAGUCUCAAGCGCAAGCGCGCCAAAUCUCGCCGCCAUCGUUGGACAGUACAGCAUUCUUCAUCAAGAAUCACCGGACUGGCAAGGAGGUGCUGUUCUUUGGCGAUGUUGAACCAGACAGUAUCAGCAAGUAUCCUCGCAACAUGGAGGUGUGGAGGCACGCCGCUGCCAAAUUUGUACAGGGAGUGCUGAACACCAUCUUCCUGGAGUGCUCUUUUCCUGCAUCGCAUCCGACAAAAUUCCUCUACGGUCAUCUCUCUGUCAACCACCUCUUCGACGAGAUGCGUGCGCUGGCACGCUGUGUGCUCGUCGAGCGCAAGAAGCUCGAGUCGGCCUGGCAGCGAAUGCGGCUGCUCGAGCAGACCGCUGCGUACCGCGGCACGAACGGACUCGGCAACUCGCUCGAUCCGCAGGCCGAGCAGGAGCUAGGGUCCAACAGCCUUGUCAACGACAUGGCGCCCAUCCCACCGAGUGCUAGCGCCGCGCGCGCACAGAUGCAAGCGACGGACGAGGAGCUCAAGGGCAUCCUGGAAGGGCUCUCCGUUGUCGUCAUCCACAUCAAGACUGCUCUGUUCCCAUCCUUCCAAGCGCCCGCUCCUUCGGCAAACGGAGAAGACGCGGCUGCUGAGAGGCGACGUAGUGCCGCCUCGGGUGCCAGUGUGAAUGUCGGCCCGAGGAUCAUCGACCCGCGCAGCAUGCAGCACCGUAUACUCGAAGAGCUGAGAGAGAAUGAAAGCGAGCUGCAACUUGGACUAAGAAUCGAACUGGCAGAGCAAGGGCAAAGGAUCGAAUGCUAACGUCGGGAAUUGCAUAGCAUCUGCUCGUAUCUGAAAUUGCAACCUCGAACACUACUGUUCAUCACUUGUACUAGCAGCAUCAUGGAAUGGAAAGCAAAUAAUUUCUC